AUGGUGGUGGCAUCAGCAUACCAGCCCUAUGACUCGAAGGAUCCACCACCUACAAAGGAACUCAAGGCGCUGGUAAGGUACUGUACAAGCAAAGGGCUUAAACUGCUGGUAGGGUGCGACGCGAAUUCGCACCACACGGUAUGGGGCAGCUCUGAUACGAACAGAAGGGGAGUAGCUCUUCCGGGGUACCUCACCCUGGAGCGGCGGAAAAUUCUCAACAGGGGAUCGAAGCCCACAUUCAUCAACUUCCUUAGGAGGGAGGUGAUUGACCUAACUCUGUGCAUCAGUAAGGUGGUACACAUGACCAAAAACGGGAAGGUAAGGAAAGAAGACAUUCUUUCUGACCAUAGACGAAUCUCCUUCUACCUAGACGGGGACGCGGCAUGGGAACCGACGGUAAUGUACAGGAACCCCAGGGCAACCGACUGGACCUCCUACAGGGAGGAGCUAGCAAAGGGACUCAGGGGCCCCUGCUGCAAACUAAAAACGAUAGGCAUGGUUGAGGGCGCAGUAGGUACCCUGCAGACCGUCAUUAACCAGGCUUUCGAAGCAGCGUGCCCAGCAAGGCAGCGGAAAUGCAGCAAAAAGGUGACCUGGGCCCUGAAGACAGGUACAGACUCGAAAUGCGAAGCUUACAAAGCUACUCAGAAGACGUACAAGAAAAAAAUUGAAAAGUCGAAGGAGGAGGGCUGGAGGGAUUUCUGCAGCAAGACCGAGAACCUGUCACUGGUAGCUAGGCUUCGCAAGGUAUUCACCUCCGGCCCGCUAAUCAAUCUGGACGGGCUAACUCUGCCAAAUGGCAGAACAGCCGAAAACCAGACAGAAAUCCUAACCCACAUGCUGGAAACCCACUUCCCCGGGUCGUUGCCGGCCGGCGGGGGACUGCCCAUAAGGGUGGGCCCAACCCGUGCCGGGCGCGGAAUGAUGGACUGGAAAACAGCUGCAGAGAUUGUGACACCAGACAGAACCAAAUGGGCGAUUGAUACCUUUGAUAAGUUCAAAAGCCCAGGAGCUGACGGGAUCUUUCCUGCAAUCUUGCAGUAG